UAUCAAUUGCUUAUCAAAGGAUCCUCUGAGGUGAAUGGGUGCCAUCAAAAUGAAGAUUAUUGCAUUGUUUAUCAGCCGUUUGGAUUUUUUUGUGAAUGAACCACUGUGAACUUCUUAAAUCCUCCGACCUAAAAUUUGUGUAAAACAAACCAUUUCCGUUUGAGAAAAUGCAGAUUAUGCAGUUUUGUUUUUGUGCAUUUCAGUUAUGACUGGAAGCUGACUUUUUUUCUUUCUUUCACGUGACAGUAAAUUGAGGUUUGUGGAAGGAAGCAGAGCGUCAUCACUGACUUACAUAAACAGGAAAAUGGAAGAUUUGAGAUCAUGCCAAGCUUAUCUUUGCGUGUAGCUUUCAACCUGUUAACAUAAACAAUAUUAGUAUGUUUGCAGAAUACAUGUGUAUUUACAAAAACAUAUACCUCCAUUUUUUAUAAUGCUCAAAUGUUUUUGUUUUUGUGUUAGUUUUUAAUUUUUUUCAUUAUUUUUAAACCUAAUCAAAAUAACCCAACUGCAGUUUCAUUGGGAUUAUUUGGAAAGCACAAUGAAAAACAAAUUAAGUUACCCAUUUUUAGUAAAUGAACUUUUCGCAUACCGUACAUUACAUCCCUUUAACCAUUAUCACCUUUAUAAAAAACAACACUUUUACAACUUUCUAAGUCUGUCCUAUGAAUACUGUGAUGUAAACCAACUGAAACACCCAUUAACUGGAAACUACCUUAUGAUGUUACUAAGGAAUUGCCACAAGACUUUAAAGAACAACUGCUUUCACUGCACAAACGGUACUUUCAUUUCACAUUUAUAAAGGAAAAGAGAAAUGAGUUUUUAAAAGGUAGGUGUUUUUAACCCUCCCAUUCAACAUAAAUACUCUCAGAUAUCCCUUCCAAAACAUCCUGUCACUAAACAUUAGCUUUAAUUUGCUGUGCAGUUUUCUUCCAAUAGGUUUCAGUUUGGUACUUUUGAGUCAUAUUAAUAACAGAACCGACAAAAAUUAAGAGAACGACAUGACUGAAGGGUAUACAGAUUAUACAGAACCAGAAGACCAGCUAUGUCGCAAAGAAGAGGUGGUCGAAGUCGGGUCCAUUGUAGUUCCAGUUUUCUUCGCUCUUCUGGUCGUGUUGAGCUGCAUUGGUAACCUAAUGGUUUUGGUCAUCCUGCUGCUGUACGAAAAGUUUCGAUUGCCGAUCAACGUCCUGAUCUUCAAUUUAGCCGUGUCGGAUCUUCUCUUCACUUUCGGACUUCCAUUCUGGGCCUCGUACUACAUCUGGGGUUGGACCUUUGGAGAGGCUGGCUGUAAAGCGGUGAAGUUUCUCUUCUAUGUCGGUUUUUACAGCAGCGUGUUGUUCUUGACUCUGAUGACCGUUCAGCGUUACAUGGCGGUGGUUCAUCCUCUGUCCGACUGGGAGAGGUGCAGAUGUUUUUCAGUCGCUCCUUUUAUCAUAUGGAUGUUGAGCGGAACAGCUGCACUUUUAGUCUCCCUUCGUAGCCAGGUUUUAGAGAACGAGGGGAACCUUUACUGUGAAUUUGACAGUAUUCGAUUAAAACACGCCUCUGUUUAUUUACAAAUUGUUUUCUUCUUGAUUGCAUUUUGCAUCAUGGGAUUUUGUCACGUCAGAAUGUUCCAGACAGUCGCACGAUCCCAAACAAGGAAGCGACACAAGACCAUCAAACUGAUAUUCUGCAUUGGGCUGCUAUUCUUCACGGGAUGGGCUCCUUAUAACAUAGUAAUGUUCUUGAGAAUUCUGCAGGAUUAUGGUUUGUCUUCAUUCGUGGACUGCAAUGUAUCCAUUUAUCUUGAUUACGCAUUUUACACUUGCCGGCUCUUGGCUUUUUCACACUGCUGCUUAAACCCGGUGCUUUACGCUCUAAUUGGAGAAAAAUUUCAGAAACAUUUACAAACAAUAUUAAAGAAAAUGUGUUCGAAAUAAAGCAAUUCUCAUCUAUCCUGAGACACAUUUUUGGUGUGUCUGUUAAUUCAACAAAUCUCACAAUGCAUGUCAUACAGACUACUGCUGAAUUUUGUGGUCAUUUUUUUUUUUUUUUUUUAAUAAUACUUCAUUCAGUACAGAUCUGGGGGAAAAGUAUCACUGUUUCCACAAAAAUUUUUAACAUUAAUGAGAGCAUAUUUCUUAGACCUGGAGUAAUGAUGCUGAUAAAUGAACUCUGCAUCAUGAGAAUAAAUUACAUUUUAUUUAUGUAUUUAUUUAAUUGGAAAACAUCCAUUUUGAAUUGUACAUUUAACAAUUUUGUUGUUUUUACUAUAUUUUUGUCACAUUAACUGAGCCUAUGAAUUCUUUCAAAAACAUGAAAAUAACUAAAAUUUUUUUUGUCUUUUAUAAAUAGUAGCUAAGCUUACAUUUUACCAUACAUCUUCAAUUAUUAUUAGUAAAUCACAACUGAACGUUAAAUAAAAGCUUGAUUGACAGCAUCCAUGGCAUGCCGUUGAAAACCACUGAAAAUUUCAACAUCCCUGUUCGAUUAAAUAUAAAUGCAAUGUUUCUUAAACAUCUAAACCUCAAGGAAAAAAAAAAUGUUAGCAACGUACUGGCGCCACAUAAACCACGGCUGAAUCGAAACAUCAAAUUGUUUCACAUGCAAAAGUUUGAAAAAAAUCCCAUAACCACGGCUUCAUUUUACACAGACACAUGCACAAAGCAGCCUUUGUCAUUUCCAGAUAAAAAGUUUAUUGAUUUUCAUCAUUUGUACAUGCAUAUAGAUCGACUUGGUUGGGAGAAAACACUUCAGUUUAUUAAAGUGGUACUCAGUGCUGUUGGUUAGGUCAAGGGCACGCGGGCGCUUUAUCAGAAGUGCUCUUUAAAUAAGUCUUCACUGAGAAAUCGCUCCCUGACGUCUCAGUAAACAAGUUGUGCUCGUUUCAAUCCUACACCCGCCCUCAUACGAAACGGAUUUUGUGCAAGAUUUAUGUAUACUUUUUGAGCAUUUGCAUAUCAAGAUUUACAAUUUCUCGGUUUCAAGAUAUGUAAUGGAUCCCUGCUACUUUUUUUGCACGGUGUCCGCCGACUACUCACUGAUACCGACUACAACAAAAACGAACCGAGAUAGUCUUAUAAGAUAAAUCGCGUUAUAAUAAUGUCCUAUAUAGGAUACUUGGUUUUCCAUAAGCCCUAUGAACUAUUGAUGGGCUUGGCUCAUAGGGCUUAGAUGAAAAUAGCUACGUGAUGCAGCAGGACUCACAGGGCUGACAGCAUGUGUAACGAGCUUAUUAAUGUACAGGAUUAAAAAAAAAAAAAAAAAAAAAUCAGCCCUUUAACAUCAGC